CUCCGUUUGUGCAUACUGGUUGUCUUAACUGUUAAGAGGCCUAAACGACAUACCGCAUUCUGUAAGCUUUUAUCGAAAGGGACAACGUUGAGGGGCAAGCCUUCCUAACUAACACUGUCAAAUGCACCGGACGUCACAUAGAAGGCCCCCCUAAUUUCGCUAGGACCCAUUUACAUAUCCAAAGCAAGGUCACUGGGAAAUGCCCAGCAGAGAAUGCCCUGUCCUGUACCCGACGCUGGAAGACCUUAAAAAGCCGUUUGAGGCCUACAUAGAGAAGCAUGAGAAGAAGAUUGCGGAAGCGGGCAUAGCGAAGAUUGUGGCGCCGGAGGGCUGGACGCCGCGACGACAGGGCUACCCUGAUGACCUGGACUUCACCAUCGAGCGGCCCAUCCGGCAGCAUGUCACCGGCAGCCGGGGGCUCUUCCGCGGACUGUACAUCGAGCAAAAGCCCAUGAGCCUGCGACACGACUUCAGGCCGAUGGCCCUAGCCCCCGACAACCAGCCGCCGCCCGCCGACACCCCAGCCGACCUGGAGCGCCGCUACUGGCGCAAUGUGACGCUGCGGCCGCCGCUGUACGGCGCUGACGUGGCCGGCUCGCUGUUUGACGAGGAUUGCAAGGGCUGGACGCUGCGCCAGCUGGACACGGUGUUGUCGCGGGUGCUGCGGGAGGCGGGGCACACGCUGCCCGGGGUGAGCGAGCCCUACCUGUACUUCGGCAUGUGGAGGAGCCUGUUCGCGUGGCACACCGAGGAUGUGGACCUCUACUCCGUCAACUACCUGCACUUCGGGGCGCCCAAGCAGUGGUACUGCAUCCCGCCAGACAGCCGCCGCCGCUUCGAGGGGCUGAUCAAGGGAAUGCUGCCCGACCUGUUCAAGACCUGCCCAGAGUUCUUCAGACACAAGGAGCUGAUCAUCAGCCCGCAGCUGCUGGACACCUUCGCCAUCCCCUACAUCCGCAGUGUGCAGCGGCCGCGCGAGUUUGUCAUCAACUACCCGGGUAGGCGCUGCGGGUGGGAGGUGGGCGCAAGGGGGCAGUGCACGGCGGCAUGGAGCCGGGAAAAUAAAUGAAGCAAGUGAAGCAAUCGGAGUCUCUAUCCCAUAUCCGAGGCGCCUACCACGCUGGAUACAACAUGGGAUACAACUGCGCGGAGUCGGUUAACUUUGGCACUCGGCGCUGGAUACCGCUGGGCGCGGUGGCGGCGGUGUGCCAAUGCAACCCUGACAGCGUCAGCAUAGACAUGCGGCUGUUCAGGCACCUGGUUCCUGCCCGGCUGCUGCCUCCCUCCAUCUUUGAGGACACGAGCAGCGAGGAAGAGGAGGAGGAGGAGGAGGAGGCCUCGUCGUCCUCCGCCUCCGAUUCUGAGCUUCAAGAAGUGGAAGACUCAGAGGACGCGGAGAAGGAGGUGGGCCGCAAGGGCGCGGGACGCGGGCGCGGGAGGGGUAAGCUGGCCAGGGAAAGCAGCAGCAGCGGCGGCGGCAGAGGAAGUGAAAGAGCGGCGGCCGCAAAGCGAGGAGGCAGCAGUCGAGGCCGCGGCGGUAGCAGAGGUCGCGGCAGGGGCGACGGCGGUGGCGACACUGCAGGGGAGGAAGGGCGCAGGAGCACCCGUGGCGGUAGGGGCAGGGGCCGCGGGACCGCGGUGAGUCGAGGGGGCGGCGCCGGCAGAGGCCGCGGCGGGGCCACAACCGCUACCCGCGGGAGGGGAGCCGCAGCAGGGAGGGCAGGCAGCCGACGAGUGGCCCCGGCUGCAGCAGAGGG